AUGCUUAGCGGUAGCAUAAAAGACCCUACAAAACUGGAUUUUUUAUGCGAAUCGUCGGCGAUGAAUCCCUCUGCUCCCUUCGUCACCGCCUCCACAGCAUCUUCUUUGUCAAAGUCCACGGUUGCAGGUCUCCAGCUCUCUCUGUUUUGGAAUAGGAUCAUCUCGAACCAGCUAUCUCUGCGCUUAAAGGAAUUAAUAUUAAUUCCGUCUCAGACUAAAUUUCAUAUAGCAGCAGCCAAUCAGCCAUUUACGAGUUCGUGUCAUUUGUGUGCUGAUGUAGUGACUCCGGAAUAUAAUCCUGGCCCAAAUAAGGCGGUGGUUUCUACUCAUAAUAAAGGUUCAGUAACCGAAGAAGACAUAUCCUCAAUCUCUAUGAAAUUGUCUAAUGAAGAAGAGCCAUUUCUAUCUUGUGUCGAAUUGAGUGGAACGCCUCUUUCGGAGUUGCCCUUGGCAACUCUAGAGUCAGCUUCAUCUGACCGUAUAGCCUCAAAUCUUUCUUGUCAAAGUCCGCCAGUUGUGAGUGAGACUGUGACCGAUGAGAUGACAUCAAGUUUGGGUAUCAUGUCUGCAGGUAAGCCCAGCUUGGCUGAAAUGGAAGCAAUGGCUCGGUACUCGGCCAGUCUGCGGGCGGAACUAGCUUCAGACGAUUCAAACUCGCCCUCUUCCUCGAUCAUUUCUUCAUCCGCUUAUUCUUCCGUAUUUGAACAAGAGGAAAAAGGAGUUUAUCCGGAACUUGGUGAUAAGCCGACUUCCGAUUCACCUGAUCCAGUGGCGAGUCAUGACACCUUGGAUCUAUCGAAUACAGAAGUUGACCUGGCGGACACAUGCGUCCAUUCUGCUAAUGUCCAUCAGGCCGGUCAUUUGGCAUUGACUCCGCCCGACGCAUCAGAUGACGUAACAUCGCUUCAGGAUUCUCAAUCUAAAAUGAAUACAAAGUCAUGUCCUUCAAAAAUUGUCUUGCCAGUAGCAGAAGUAGGACAAUCCUUUCAUAUUUUGCCCUCUUCCUCUCCAAUUCACCCGACGUGUCCUCCUCAGACUUCUUUUCAGACCUCCAGCAAGACUAGCACCGAUUUGAAACCGUCUAUUUUUGUGAAUGAAGUCGCUACAACAUUUGCUGAAAACUCUGAAAAGGCUGACAAAAUGGAUUCCGUGACCAGACUGAGCAUUGAGAACACCAGCUCUGUUCAUUCUGAUCGGUCUCGUUAUACACCCUACCUUCAACUUCGGCUCAAUCGCACAGAACAGUUCACACACGUCUGGCUAGCUUGCCUCGAUGCCAUUUGGAGGUUCGACGGAGAGCACAACUUUGUCGCCAAUCCUCGCCCGAUGGCCGAGAAGUUUGAUUCUCUUCUUUCGACCUCCUCCUCAUCGUUGUCACUUUACUCUAAUUACUCGUCUAGACCAUUUGCCGGAUGUGUUACAUCAAGAAACCCUCAUAAAUUUCCCAGUACCCAUCCCAGUCAAACUGUGAUUCCAGGACCACACCGGUUAUAUCUUGAUUUGGAAGCAGAAGUGAACCUCUCUUUUGCUUCAUCGAAGUCACCAGUUCAGCCAAUUUCGACAUCAAAGGCAAGCCGAAGCAAUUUUCACUUGUCAAAACCCAUAACUCUAAAAAAUGUAUCUAUGCCGUUUGGCAUACAGAAGCAGUCAGCUGAUUCUGCAUGGCCGCAGAAUACUCUAAAUCCAGUCGGGCCAGUUCCCUUUUGGCUCCUUCACAGCAUGGCAAGCCAUCCUUGUCUAGAAGUGAGAGAGUCGGUAAGUUCUCAUGUAUAA